AUGGGAUUUCGCCUCCACUGGGCCAGCAGACUGCGCGAGGACCCCGCCAGCCCCAAUCCGAGAAAGAAGCCAGCUCUCCCCGGGCCUGACUCCCGAGUAGACAAGCUUUGCAAGACCCCACCCCGCCCUACACCGGCUGCCAUCGUGCGCGAGGCAGCGGGCAGCCCAUGCGCCCGCGCGGAGCCUAGCGAAGGGGAAGCCGUCGGGCGACCGGCUGCGCUUUUCCUUCUCCACCGAAGGGGCGGGCAGGGGGCGGUCUCAGCACCGGGUGUGGCUGGGCACCGCCCCCUCUCGAAGCCUCCCAAAACCUCCCGGCGCUUCCUCGACGGCCCAACAAGCCCAGCGGACACCGCAGAGCAGCUCCACCCAGCUAAGGCAGAAACAUGGAUCCAUUCCGCUCCUGGCUUCGGGGCCCAGCCUCCUCCUUACACCGAAACAACCGGCUUCCAUUCUUCUGCUCCGUACCCCCAGCCCUAUCCCGUCCCAGGGCCUGGACCAAAUGAAGGCCAACAGGCGCCACCAUAUGGCAUGCAACCUGGAGUCAUAGGAGGUCCCCCACCAGUUGCUGUUCAGGCAGUUUACGUCCAGGCACCGCUGGUCUUUCACGACCGUCCCGUCCAGAUGAACUGCCCUGCGUGUCAAAAAACCAUUUUGACGCGCCUCUCGCAUACCUCUGGGGCGCUGACCUGGCUGGCUUGUGGCGGCCUCUUCCUGAUCGGGUGUGUCGCUGGCUGCUGCCUCAUCCCCUUUUGCAUGGAUUCGCUUCAAGACGUCGACCACUACUGUCCCAGCUGCAACGCUCUUGUCGGCACCUACAGGCGCCUCUGAGCAACAUUAGACACGUGCUUUUUAAAAUUUAUGCUUUUUUUCCCCUUUUCUGGAGUUCAUGGAAAUGAUUUUUGUCGCUGUGCCUUUUUUUUGCCUCUGAAGAUUUGGGUGCAAGAAGACCAGCCUUUGGCCAAGAAUUGAGAUGGACCUCUCCAGCCUCACGUCCAACACGUGCAUGUUCUUUCUGGCAAAAAGCAUGCCUGCACAGUCCAUGGAAAAGCAUCGAACUGGUGCAGUCUUAAUGCAUCUUUGCGCUCGGGCACUGUCCCACAUUCUCCUCCUUUUUUGGCAUUGAGAAGGAGGCGUUGCAAUUGGAAACCUCAAAGAUAUUUUUCUCUCUCUCUCCGUUUGUAUGUGUAAAUUGCUAAGGCCUUUUAUGCAGCCUGAAGACACGUGGCUCCAAAAUUCUCUCCCUGGGGAAUGUUGAUGAGAUCCCUGUUAAAAAUAAUAAUCCUGUUUUUUAAAGGUUGCUUCUAAAAAAUGAGGCACUUCAGGGCUUCUGUAGCAACUGGUUUCAAGUUGGUGGCCAGGUUUUUUAAAUUUUAUUUUGCAGGGGUCCUCAGAACCUCAGGUUGCCUCUUCAACUUCAGAGACCGCCUGGUAGGACCCUUGUUUGCUACCCAAACUUGGAUGCUCCAAAAUCUGUUUUUGUACUCAUUGGAGCUUUAUAUAAGCGCAUCGCCAAGAGAUUUCUGAAGCAUUUUUAAAUUACUGCUGAGAAGUAAAUGUGAGGAAAUAGGUUCCAGGCCUAGAAUUUUGCCUUUCUGACCAAAAUGAUCAUCUUUCUGCUACGAGUCAAAGAUCUCAAGAGGACUGAGUGCCUCAAUCCGAUCCUUGCCUCCUCUUUACAUGUUUGGCUAGAACAGGACCAGUUUCUGAUGUAUCCAUAGAGUGUAGAGCAAAUUCUAGAGAAAAUAAUGUCCAAAGAGAUUAUCUAGAUAAACCAAUGCUUGUGAAUGUUGAGGCUAGAUUCUGCUGGGGUGGCUAUCGAAAAUUUCCUGCCCCAGUGACCCGACAGGAGAAAACCUCUGCUUUUCUUUCGUCCCCACGGGCAAGUUGCAGGCCAGGCAAGCAGCUGCCAAAUGAGUUCAUCGCAAGCACCCUUUGGAAGCAGAUGCAACAAUGAUGGAAAUACUUGAAACCUACUUCUAUUCUGAACUAAAAGUACAAUGCAGUAGAGAGCUGAAGACUUGCCUGCAGGAAUUGUGGGUAGCAGCGUUGGAUAUAUGCUUUUCUUUCUUUUUUUAACUAGCAGGAUGCAGCUUGCAAAAAAAGACUCUUAGCUCUGCCGCUGCAGAUCUGGGCAAGUUUAUCUACAUCAGAUUUGCCCCACGUAAGCCUGAAAAGAAAGCAGACCGCUGGAGGUUUUUAAAUGCAAACAUUUUUUGUGUGUAUGUGUGUGUGUUUUCCCCCCAGUCUAUACACACGUGAUCUAGUUUGAAUUAAACAGCUGUUUCG